AUGCCCGACCCCACAACCCUCCCCCCGGAGCUCUUCACCCAAAUACUCUCUUACGCUGUACAACCCCACCCACCCACUGACCCAAACCCAAACACAGCCCGCAACCGCGAGAUCGAGCGCGAAUACGACUUCCACUCCGGAACAAACCUCGCCCAGCUCUCCCAGCUGACCCUGGUAAACCGGCAGUGGCACGAUCUCUGUCUGCCAACCCUCUACUCCAAGUACUCGCAUAACGGUGCGCGCCACUCGUACACCUCACUAUGGCAGUUCCUGCGGAGUAUCAUGUGCAAUCCCAGAAUCGCGGCGAUGGCUCGCGGGGUGAGUAUCGGGAAUUGGGGGUUCUAUCCGGAUGUCUUAGCCGAGGACGACGGGGUUCGCGGGGAUAAUGUGCAGUUCUCGGAGGGGGAUGUGGCGAUGAUGCGGCGGGCGAUUCGGGCGAUUUUUAAUCCCCGGGGGAGGGAUUGGAAGAUCGUCGAGACGCUGGAGGCGAGGAUACUCGAUCCACGGGCUCUGUCGGAGAGGGAUUGUCGGCCGUUGGUUGUGCUGCUGUUGAUGAGUUUGCCGAAUGUUGAAACGGUGUAUUUGCAUCUGCUGGAGGAGUGUUUGGUGCUCCGGUAUGUUCUCGAAGAAGCGCUGCGGUGUCAGGAUGAGAGUGGCCAGUUGCCUUGUCUGCGAUAUUUGGUGCAUCUGCAUCUGCUCGCGGAGGUUCCGGUCUAUGGGUUUGAGGCGGGGCCUUCGUUUUGGAUAUCUGAUCCGGCUUUGAGGCUUGAUGAUAUCUGGCCGUGUGUCUACUUCUCCGGGCUACGUACGCUGGCUUUAUAUGACCUGGAGACAGAGGGAGUUGCCGCUCUUCUUGGGAAGAACAGUGGCAGGAUAUGCCGAGUAGAGGACCUGCGUGUUGUGGUAAAACCAACCGCAACACGCUCUUCUGCUGACGUCCAGGCGCUUGUCAAUCUGCCACAAUCGCUCGCUCAGUUUUCGAUAUGCUGGGAUCAUAAUUUACGAAGUGGGGAGCCAGCCCCGGAAAUCUCAGUGGUUAAGGUCUGGGACGCGCUACAGAAACAUCGAGAAAGCCUCGAGCAACUUGCAGUCUUCUACAACGUUCAUGAGCUUGACAAAGUUACCCCCGGCUGUUUCGGUUCCCUUCAGACAUUUUCGCGGAUGAAACGACUUGACACUCAGCUAAACAUUCUUCUGGAUCGCAUGACGACAGAGCGGUUUGCGCCGUUGCGCGUAAAGGACACCAUCCCAGAGAGUCUAGAAAGCCUGUUACUCCAUCCCAGUUGGGUCUAUGAAACAAGCCCUAACUUCCAGACCACCGAGCUUCAAGCCAUGGUUGCCCAGCGCAGGCGGCCACUCAAGCUUCUUGCACUUGGUGAUACCCUGGCCGCCCCGUACUAUAACCAGGUUAAGCACUCCGAAAAGACUGCUGAUUGUGAAAUAACGGGCGCCGCCGGUUCGGAACCAUAUCCCAGUCUCUGGACGCUGUGUAAACAAGCUGGUACCCAGCUGCACGUUACAUCCAGUUGUGCCCGUACAUACGUACCCGGGCCUUGCGAGUUUCACAAAGGAGGAGCCUGCCAGUGGCUCUGGCGCAAGACCUGGAAUAUGCGCGCUGAUGGAAUCCAGCGCAACAGAACCAGCGUCGAACGGCUUCCCAGACCAGUUCCUCGGAAGAAGACAAAAACAUCUCGCUCAUCACCACUCCACACCGUUGCCUUUACUGACCACACGGGAAACGAAGCAUUCAUGGUCUUCAAAAACGGUAUCGGGGCCGAAUCCUCGAAACUUCCACCUCUGUUCCCCUUGGUCGUCUACUUCACGCAUCCUAACGCAAUCGCGUCGCCGGAUGCCACCGAUCUUGGUGGCCUCCUCAGAGCCAUCCGGGAAGCAAGCAUAAAUUCCGACUUCCACUUCCGCCUCGAUGUUUAUUUCCUCCCUGGCGCGAGUGAAGACGACUGCAAGACGCACUAUCUUACUGAGCGGGCCUCAAGAGCGGACUACGAGACGUUUAUCCGUGAGUUCAAUGCUCGAGUAUUCCAACUGAAGAGUGAACGGGGUAGUCACAGUGCGGUACUUGGUGACUCCACGCGUCUCCCCGGAAUGGCCCACAGCCACCCCGGUCUCGAGCCCUACCGCGGUCUCCUCCUCUUAUGUCCCGAGGCUAAGUGGAGCGAUGGCGCACAACGUAUCUCCUGCGUGAGGUUUGACAAACGCGCGGUGCAGGAUACGACUGAUUAUAGCGAAGGCGAAGCCCAGAAUGACGAGGAUCACAACGCGCCAGAAAGCACCACCCUCUCAUUCCGAAUCGCAUACGACAGCCCUAAGUCUGGAGGCGAUGAUGAGGAAACUAUCGGCGACUGGCUGGGUCAGUCGACAAAAGAUAUACAGUCUGCGCAUCGCUUUGGGGAUAUCCACUCGAGGGCUGCGGGAAUGGCGUGGACGAGUUGGUAA